AAAGCUUCCGGAGAGCCAUGGUUGGUCCAGGCAGGCAAUCGGAGCACCUCAUGGAGAGGCUGCGAACCGGGGGUGGAGUGAGGUGGGGUGGGGGGGUCUGUUUGUAGUACUCUCAGUCCUGAUGUCACAGGCUCGGCAAGGACAUCGCAAGGAGGAGUCGGAUUACAGUAAGGAUGGGCAGUGCAGCAGGCAGCCCGAGCGCACGCUCCAGCCGCCGGGGACCAUAGCCCUGGACAGGCAGCCCGUGAGGCGCUUAUCCCGCGGAGGAGGCAAGCUGGGCGCUCACUGCUCGCCGCGCUGGGGACGUUUCCGCCGAGUGUAGCAUGAAACGGCUCUGCUCUGCGUGUCAGCCUGGGGUGCGAGCUGAUGCUGAAGACGCUGCGGUGGGGUUUCAGCUGUCUGAUUAAUGAGAAACAUAAUGUAUUUUGGUGGUACAUGCCAGAGUCCUGCUCUCCCAGCCCUGGUCCGUCCACCAGCCCCUCCUUUGCAACCAUCGCUGGAUAUUAAACCAUUUCUUCCCUUUCCUCUUGACACUGCGGCUGCAGUCAACCUCUUCCCCAAUUUUAAUGCAAUGGACCCGAUUCAGAAAGCUGUAAUAAAUCAUACAUUCGGGGUUCCUCUUCCUCAUCGAAGAAAGCAAAUCAUAUCAUGCAACAUUUGCCAGUUGAGAUUUAAUUCCGAUAGCCAGGCUGCGGCCCACUACAAAGGCACGAAACAUGCCAAGAAGCUCAAAGCACUGGAAGCCAUGAAAAAUAAGCAGAAAUCUGUAACUGCCAAGGACAGCGCAAAGACUACCUUCACCACCAUCACUACCAAUACCAUCAAUACCAGCUCUGACAAAACAGACAGUACUGCAGGGACACCAGCAAUAUCAACGUCGACAAGUGUGGAAAUCCGCAAAAGCAGUGUUAUGACACCUGAGAUCACCUCUAAAGUGGAGAAGAGCCCCACGACAGCCACUGGCAACAGCUCGUGUCCUACUACGGAGACUGAGGAAGAAAAGGCAAAACGGCUUCUUUACUGUUCGCUAUGCAAGGUCGCUGUCAACUCCGCCUCACAGCUGGAGGCGCACAACAGUGGUACUAAGCACAAAACCAUGCUAGAAGCCCGAAAUGGAAGUGGGACUAUCAAAGCCUUUCCUCGGGCAGGAGUGAAAGGCAAAGGACCUGUCAAUAAGGGAAACACGGGACUCCAGAACAAAACGUUUCACUGUGAAAUCUGUGAUGUGCAUGUCAACUCAGAAACACAACUUAAACAGCACAUUAGCAGUAGAAGGCACAAAGACAGAGCUGCUGGGAAGCCCCCCAAACCGAAAUACAGUCCUUACAACAAACUACAAAAGACAGCACAUCCGCUGGGGGUGAAAUUAGUAUUUUCAAAAGAACCUUCAAAGCCAUUGGCUCCCAGAAUUCUACCCAAUCCCCUGGCAGCUGCAGCAGCUGCUGCAGCUGUGGCAGUGAAUUCUCCCUUCAGUCUCCGAACUACUCCAGCAGCCACGCUGUUUCAGACCUCUGCACUCCCUCCAGCACUCCUGCGGCCAGCGCCAGGACCCAUUCGGACCACCCACACUCCUGUGCUGUUUGCUCCCUACUGAAUUCCAAACAGGAGUCAUUGUACUGCAAUAAUUUUUCAAAAAACAAAAA